CGUCGUGAGAGCUGGCGGUUGGCGAGGCCGCAGGAGCAGGACGCCUGUGCCAUGUUCUGCGAAAAGGCCAUGGAGUUGGUCCGCGAGCUGCACCGCGCUCCCGAAGGGCAGCUGCCCGCCUUCAAUGAGGACGGACUCAGACAAGUUCUGGAGGAGAUGAAAGCUUUAUAUGAACAAAACCAGUCUGAUGUGAAUGAAACAAAGUCAGGUGGACGAAGUGAUUUGAUACCAACCAUCAAAUUUCGACACUGUUCUUUGUUAAGAAAUCGACGCUGCACUGUAGCAUACCUGUAUGACCGGUUGCUUCGGAUCAGAGCGCUCAGGUGGGAAUAUGGCAGCGUCUUGCCGAACGCAUUACAAUUCCACAUGUCUGCUGAUGAAAUGGAGUGGUUCAAUCAUUAUAAAAAGUCCCUUGCUACUUAUAUGAGGUCACUGGGAGGAGAUGAAGGUUUGGACAUUACACAGGAUAUGAAGCCUCCAAAAAGCCUGUAUAUUGAAGUCCGGUGUCUAAAAGACUAUGGAGAAUUUGAAGUUGACGAUGGCACUUCCAUCCUGUUAAAAAAAAAUAGCCAGCACUUUUUACCUCGGUGGAAGUGUGAGCAGCUGAUCAGACAAGGGGUCCUGGAGCACGUCCUGUCGUGA